AUGAACAACGAAUCAAUAGUCAAUGUGCAUUUGGAGGAUGUCCAAAAGACAUCGUCGUUAAUAUCUUGGUCAAAGAAUGGGCUCAUUGUAUAUACCUCGCCCUGCAAACGAGCAAAACACAAUUUACUAUUAACUUACCUUGAAAGCAUUGACGGACAUUCGUGGAGGCUAGCUCCACCACAACCUGUCGAAGUUAAACUAGAAAACAACUUUCUUCCUGAAGUAACUUUGGUGUGCUGGAGUACGUUAAGCACAGAUUUGGCAGUUUCAGACGUGUAUGGUAAUUUCUACAUAUUCCUCGCUGGUGUUGGAAUGGUGGACACCAAAGACGAAUUGCCAAGCUAUGAAUUGACUUCGUAUAACCAUAUGGAGAUGAUUUACCGUGACGUGAUAAAUCAGGAUAUUAAAUCUCCUAUUAAUCCAGGUGCAUCUAUUAUUGCAUUUAAAUGGCUCAAUAUUGAAAAACCCCAGAUUUUGAACAAGCCAGCGAGCUUAGUUAAUUUGGAACAAUCCUAUCUCUACACAUACGGCGUGAACCAAUUUGCAUCACAUGGAGUACUGCAUCCAAUUCCAACUAAACAAGCUUGCUUGGCACUACGAAGAAAUGGAAUACUCAUGUUGUAUUACCAAGGGGAGCACAAGGUGGAAUACCACAAAAUUUCCAUCAACCUUAGUGAGAGUCCACUAAUGAUUGGAAAUGCAUCAAUUGGAUUCACCAAUGAGAAGCAAGUUAUAAUAACUGCCCAUGACAGUUUAUCCGAUGACAUAGUCACCUACUCGGUAAAUAUCGAAUGGGGCUUUCUUGUGGAAUCAGCCAGGAGACAGAAAACUGAUCCUCACUAUCAUACACCCAAAGACAACCAGAAUAUUCCCAGCAUGCGCCUUGAAAAAAUACACGAAAUGAAGCCAAUAGCUGAGUACAGAGAAAAUUCACUUGCCCCAUUAUCAUCGAUUGAUAUCGUGUCAGCAACGGCCGAAAAGAAUUCAAAGUUGAGUAUUUUAAUCAGCUAUGGAGCAGUGGCAAUAUAUAGAUACGAGGUUGUCAGCACUAGUGAUAUACUUCCUGACGCAUUUGCUGAAUUGGGUGUUAAGAAAAACACCCUUGAGGAGAAUUUGCCAUUGCAAACAAUUGAGCUAAGGGACAAGAUAUCAAGGGACGGAAAAGUACAAGCCAUAGUGAAUGGACCAUCUGACUUACACAGCUUGAUCUUGUAUAAAGAUGGACAUAUAGAUGUCUUAGAUACAAAGACUUGGAAAAUCAUCAACAUACCGAAUGAACAAUUUCCACCACCUACAAUUUCAACAGUGUUUGACGUUGGAUUUGAAUUACCUGAUAUAAAACAUAAUAAUCCAUUGAUAAUGGCGGUAUCACCAAAUAUGACCUCGGUGGUGUACACAGAAGUGUAUAGCGAAACCAGCUUUUUGACCUUAAAGCCGGUGGAAAAAGUUCGUAAUACGGGCUUCCAACCGAGAGAGCUAUUUGCCACAUCUGUCGCAUUGGCGUAUAGACACGCGUAUGCCUGUUACACAAACACAUUUACUGAUGAUUUGAUUAUAUUGAUACAAUCGGAGGUGGAAAGACUCCGCUCAUUGUUGUUGAAGCAGAUGCCGGAAAAGACUGAGAAUAUCCAGUUGGUGAUUAGAAAAUUCCUCGAGUCUAUAAUCAGCGAGGCGCAUAAAUCGAUCAAUUUUCAACUAGAUGCAUUUAGCAAAGAGUCAGUAGAUAAGUUAUUAUCGAACCCUCCAUUGCAAAAACUACUUUCAUUACAGUUGAUUUUAGGGGAGGCGCAGGGUAACUCGGUAAUGUCGGAUAUCGCAUGGAUUGUUUUGAAUUUGAGGAGCACAAAUUUUGGCAUCAUGUUUUCUCUUUCCAGUGUCUAUCGCCAAAUCUCAAAGAAAAAACCAAGCGAGGAUAGUUUGCAAGACUCAACAACUAGAGGUGAAUGUAUCAUUUCAUUGAUUGGAAAUAUAAAAUGGCUCAUUGAUCUAAUGGCGUAUUUCAACCAAGAAUUGCUCCAACUUUCGUAUUUCAGAAAUGAUUCUGAAAAUAGCAAACUCAACUUCAACAAUUCAGUGGUGUUACCUGUCAUCUUGAGCAAAGUGCCAAGACUAUUUCUCAUGUAUGCAAUUUCAUCCAUGGGCAAGACUCACGAAAUAUUGAAAAAGUUGCACAAGGACUUGGCUGAGAGUAAUAAACUAUUCACACCUAUGAAGGAGGCGUUGAAUCGGUAUUUUACUAUAUGCUCGAGUGCUCCAUUGACUUUAAGUUUGUUUGAACAUUAUCUACGCGAGUCUGAUGCAUUGAUUGCCAAGGAAUUAGCUACUAGGUUAGCAAAUAAGGAUAAGGGCCAUUCGUUAAAAAUUGAGCAAAAAUUGGUUUGUCAUGGCGAAAUUACCGAUGAUGUCAAAGACAUUGCCCGCAUGUUAGUCAAUAGAUAUGCGCAGAACAUCAGUCGGGAGUUGAAAGUGUCCGAGUUGUACUUUUACAAUACUGAGUGGUUAAAUGUUGGAUUCAGCAAGCCGACUCGACUGAUUCAUGAUUCAUCGGCCAUUGUGUAUGAUCAAGCAUCGAACAAGGAGGUGGUUCCAAGAUUGAAAUUUGGUUCUCAGAAUAUUGACGCGUUGAGGAAAAUAUACAUCUACGAUGGGAAUGUUAGAAGGUGCACUAGAUGCAGAUCGGUCUCGUUGGUGUCAGACCCGUUUGUUUUCGAAUCUAGCACAACCGUGGGGUUGUGGACUAUGGUUUUCCAGAGGACUUGUAUUUGCGGUAACACCUGGGUCAACAUUUAA